AUGGACGCCGUGGUCGAGGAGCCCGUCGCCGACGCCGACGCCGACGCCGACGCCGGCUACUGGCAGAAGGACCAGAUCUUCCCGCGCGUCAAGGAGAGGGACCCGUACCGCCGCCUGGGCAUCUCCGCCGAGGCUUCGUUCGAGGAGGUGCAGGAUGCGAGGAACUACCUCGUGCAGACGUACGCGCGGCACACGGCGGGCGUGGAGGCCAUCGAGGACGCCUUCGACCGCAUCAUCAAGGAGAAGCUCGCCGCGCGCAAGAAAUCCCGGGGCGCGCGCGCGGCGAUGAGGAAGCAGAAGCAAGGCGAGGACUACGUCCCCCCGUUUCUUGAGAGGCUCCAGGCGCAAUUCGCGCGUCCGGAUGACACCACGCUCAUGCGCAGGGCGCUGAUCUACGCCAUCAUGGCCGGGUGGGCCGUCGUGGCGACGGGCAACGGGGGCCAACCAACCUUCCAGAUGUUCAUCUCCUUCGCCCUCUGCGUCUACUUCCUCAAGGACAAGCGCGGCGAGGACGCCGAGCUCGGUCGAUGCUUCAUCAACGCAUUCGUCGCGCUCGCGCUGGGCUUUGUCGUCGGCAGCGUGUUCCCCGUGUACAUCCCGAUCUUCCCGCCGUCGUGGGGACCCGAGCUCAUCCUGUCCCUGUUCACCAUGGUGUCGCUGUUCAUCUUCGCCACGUUCCUCAAGUGA